AUGGGGUCAAUAGAACGAAUUAUGCCGUUAUCACUACCGCGCCGAACUCACACACUCUCGCGCAUCACCAACGAGACCAAGAUCCAGGUGUCGCUCUCGCUAGAUGGAGGCGCACUCCUUGCAUACGAAGCCUCCCAGCAUUUCCCUUCGGCGAUAUCACCAGCUCAGAAACAGGCACAUCCCGACGUCCUGUUUCCUCUGCCCACCUCGCACCAUGCGACACAGAUAACGCCCACUCAGCAGAUAGCCAUAUCCACCGGCAUUGGAUUUCUGGACCACAUGCUGCACGCACUGGCGAAGCAUGGAGGUUGGUCCCUCGCCAUCCGGGCAAGUGGUGAUCUGAUCAUCGACGACCACCACACGGCAGAGGACGUCUUUUUGGCGGUCGGAUCAGCGUUCAAUGCCGCGCUGGGGAAACGGACUUCUCUCGUCCGCUUUGGUCGCGGUGACGCCCCCCUCGACGAAGCCUUGUCGUGGGCGGUCAUCGACCUUUCCAACCGACCGUACAGUGUGAUAGAUUUUGGAUUCACCCGCGAGAAGAUCGGCGAUUUGAGCACAGAGAUGAUCACGCAUGGUCUCGAGAGUUUUGCACAGGCUGCCAGUGUCACCUUGCAUGUAAAGUGUGUCUACGGAAGCAAUAACCACCACAGGGCGGAAAGCGCUUUCAAGGCGCUGGCAGUGGCUUGCAGACAGGCUUGCGAGAGGAGAGCGGAGGGCGCGGUGGGUAGCGGAGAUGUGACGAGUACAAAAGGCGUGCUUGGAUCGAGUGUGACAGGCUAG